UCGGAGGCGCAUGCUCCGUGGCGUCCCGGCCCGGCUGCGGGCAUGGCGGCCAGCCUGUGGAUGGGCGACCUGGAGCCCUACAUGGAUGAGAACUUCAUCUCCAGAGCCUUUGCCACCAUGGGGGAGACCGUGAUGAGCGUUAAAAUUAUCCGAAACCGCCUCACUGGGAUCCCAGCUGGCUACUGCUUUGUAGAAUUCGCAGAUUUGGCCACAGCUGAGAAGUGUUUGCAUAAAAUUAAUGGGAAACCCCUUCCAGGAGCCACACCUGCAAAACGUUUUAAAUUGAACUAUGCCACUUAUGGGAAACAACCAGAUAACAGCCCUGAGUACUCCCUCUUUGUGGGGGACCUGACCCCAGAUGUGGACGAUGGCAUGCUCUAUGAAUUCUUCGUCAAAGUCUACCCCUCCUGUCGGGGAGGCAAGGUGGUUUUGGACCAGACAGGAGUAUCUAAAGGCUAUGGUUUUGUGAAAUUCACAGAUGAACUAGAACAGAAGCGAGCCCUGACGGAGUGCCAGGGAGCAGUAGGACUAGGGUCUAAACCAGUGCGGCUGAGCGUGGCAAUCCCUAAAGCGAGUCGUGUGAAGCCAGUGGAAUAUAGUCAGAUGUACAGUUACAGCUACAACCAGUAUUACCAGCAGUACCAGAACUACUAUGCCCAGUGGGGCUAUGACCAGAACACAGGCAGCUACAGCUACAGUUAUCCCCAGUAUGGCUAUACCCAGAGCACCAUGCAGACAUAUGAAGAAGUUGGAGAUGAUGCAUUGGAAGACCCCAUGCCGCAGCUGGAUGUGACUGAAGCCAACAAGGAGUUCAUGGAGCAGAGCGAGGAGCUGUACGAUGCACUGAUGGAAUGUCAUUGGCAGCCCCUGGACACAGUGUCUUCAGAGAUCCCCGCCAUGAUGUAGCCAGGACAAAGGACAAGCCAGAAUGGACUAUGUGAGGGAGACAAGAGACUCCUUUUUAAAAUACAUACAUAUAUAUAUAUAUAUAUAUAUAGCAAGAACUUUUACCCUUUUGGGAAUGUUUUGUAAGAUUUUAGUAAUCAGCUGUUUCCUGAGAUUAUGAAUAUUCCGGCAACACUUGCCUUCAUUUGAUAGUGACCUAUUUGAUUUUAAAUGAAAACCAAGGGGCCGUCUGUUGAAGAGGGGUUGAACAAGGUUCCAAUUUGUCUGAACAAUCAUUUAUCCAGGCAGGGUUAUCUACACUCCUGGAGAUAAGGAGAGUUUGGAAUUAUUAACCAAAGUGGAUCAUGUGACUUUAUAAACCCACCCUUCUCAUGUGCUAGGCAUGUUAAGUCCUUAAAGUUCUCUGGGGUCAGAAUGCAUGGAUUACCUGCUGUACGUCAAGUGGUGGACAGUUUUAUCUGCCAUUUCAGAUACCCCCUUCCCUCUUAACAAAUUUGCUUCAAGUCUGGUGGCUGGUAAAGACUUCAUUAGGCAUUCCAGCCAGGAGGGAAGUGGCAUGGCUCAGUGUGUAGUAGCAAGUGGAGUCAGCUAAAUCUAGACCAAAAUGCUCAAGACUUGGAGUUUGGUCCAAGACCAGGUAGAUUUUCAAAGGCCUCGAUUGUUUUAAGGACAGACCUGUUGAAGGGCAUUACUGUGCCAUCUAUGUGCCAAGCCCACCUGUGUUGACCUUAAUUACCUAAAUACAUUGAAUAGUUAUGAAUUUAUUUACAUAUAGCAAAUGGCUCACAAAGAUAACUUGAGCUUAGUCAAGGUCAAUCAUUACUAAACCAGACCUCCAUGCCAACCUUCUACACAUCACUUCUGUAUUUUCCAAAUAAAUCAGGAAAUCCCACUUUCCAA